CCCACCAGCCAGUCGGCCCGAGACCCCCUUAAACACUUAAAAAGAGGUGGAUCACACUGACGCUCACACACACAUAGCCUACUCAAGACUUCAUUCACUCCAGCACUACCUUCCUAAGAAGAUUAGAGUGGGGUUUUUUUGGGCGCUGAAGAGAUCAGCAAAGUCUAUAUUCUUCCAUUACUUUUUUUUUCCUCCUCUCUCCUGAUCAUGUUGAGGAUGCUAAAGCGCGUGCAGUUGCGCCCAGGCUCGUUUUUAUUACUCCUGUGGCUCUGUCAUUUCAUUCAAGAGCAAAAAGUGCAAGCUGGGAACUGCUGGCUCCAGCAAGGGAAGAACGGUCGCUGCCAGGUGCUCUACAUGCCAGGCAUGACCCGGGAGGAGUGCUGCAGAAGCGGGAGAUUGGGCACCUACUGGACCGAGGAGGAUGUCCCGAAUAGCACUUUGUUCCGCUGGACCAUCUUUAACGGAGGAGCGCCCAAUUGCAUGCCAUGCAAAGAGACGUGUGAGAACGUGGACUGCGGACCAGGGAAGAAGUGUAAGAUGAACAGAAGGAGUAAGCCACGCUGCGUCUGCGCCCCUGACUGUUCCAACAUCACCUGGAAGGGACCAGUGUGCGGCUCGGAUGGAAAAACGUACCGUGAUGAGUGCGCGCUCCUGAAAUCAAAGUGUAAAGGGCACCCCGAUCUGGAGGUGCAGUACCAGGGCAAAUGCAAAAAGACGUGCCGUGAUGUGCUUUGCCCUGGCAGUUCGACGUGCGUCGUGGACCAGACCAACAACGCCUACUGCGUCACGUGCAACCGCGUGUGUCCUGAGGUGACAUCAUCCGACCAGUACCUGUGCGGCAAUGACGGCAUCGUCUACGCCAGCGCCUGCCACUUAAGGAGAGCCACGUGCCUGCAGGGCAAAUCCAUCGGCGUGGCUUACGAGGGCAAAUGCAUCAAGGCCAAAUCUUGUGAUGAUAUCCAGUGCAGCGGAGGGAAGAAGUGUCUGUGGGAUGAGCGAUUGGGACGCGGCCGGUGCGCGGUCUGUCACGGCGAGCCGUGUCUCGAGAGUCGCGCGGACGAGGCCGUGUGCGCGAGCGACAACACCUCGUACCCGAGCGCGUGCGCCAUGAAGCAGGCUGCAUGCUCCAUGGGCGUGCUGCUGGAGGUUAAGCAUUCAGGAUCAUGCAACUCCAUUACGGAAGACCAGGAGGAGGACAACGAUGAUGAUGAUGAUGAUGUUCAUGAUGAUGAUGAUGAUGAAGAAGUAGAAGACCAGGACUACAUGGCUUUUGUCCAUUUAUCACCAAUACUGGAAGGAUAAACAGCCAUCAGCCAGGGAGGGGUGGGGGGGGGUCGGGGGUCCUGUGGCAAGGAAAACCAUGUCCACACUGUACAAAUGUGUAUGCUAAUUUAUUUUUCAACGAAAAAAAAAGGAAGUAUACAUACAGUUCAGUCUGAUAGAUGUUUAUUUAUGCAGUGUUUUCAUAAUUUAUACCUUUACGAUGUCUGACGUACUAUCUUGAUCAUGUUAUUUGUUUUCGUGUUCAGUUGGUUUUAAUUUUUUAUUAUCUUAUUCUUAUGAAGAAGAACUAUAUUUGUCCAAAGAGAAGCAGUGUUAUUUAUUGUGAACGCUAUUGAGUGUAAAGUGUGCAAGUCUUCUGCAAGUUGUAAAUUGCAUUCCCCUUUCGCUGUAUAAAAAAAAAAAAAAAAAAAAAAAGAAAGAAAAAUUCGCUUAUGGCUAUCCGUUCUACUAUCAUAGAUGUUUAUUUCCCACCUAUCUGCAUGUCAGCCUGUGUGUUUAUUUAUUGGGAAGAAAAAAGAAAACUGUCACUCUUUUAAUGUAAAUGACACAUUUCAGGUUUUUGUUUACUCUUCAAAUUGACCAAAUGGAUUUUCAUUAUAUCGUGCAAAAUUGUAAUAUUUCAUCCAUGAGCCAGUUCUCAAGAUAACAAAAAAAAAAAGAUUUGUCUUUCAUGAUUUUUUUUCUUUUUUUUCUGAUUUUACUGUUGUGUCUUAGUCUUAUAUUCGGCUACUCAGCAUUGUUACAUUUCAUUGUAAAGAAAAGAAACCGUGCCAUCAAUGCAUUUGUAAUUUUCAUGGCCAACGUUUUGCUCUGUAACACCUGCGUCUGAGUCGAUGUGAUGAUGUAGGACCGAGUAUCAACAUAUUGAACAUGAUCACUUCUUAUUGUUUUUUUUGUUUUGUUUUGUUUUUUUAAGUACAUUUUUAUUUUCUGACAUCACAAGAUAGUUAUAAAUAUAUAGUUUUGUAUUUUUUUAAUGUAAAUGUCAUAUGUAUAUACAAAGUUUGAUGGUAUUUGUACAGAUAUGAAGAGUGAAACAAUAAAAAAAUUAAUAAAAUGAAUGUGAUUUUA